AUGUACGCCGCCCGCGUCCGCGACGACAUGAUCGUGUGGGCAGCAAAGGGCGUGCUCGAGCUGGAGGGGGCGGUGGAGAGCAUGGUCGUCGAGGGCCUCGGCGUCCAGGACGAGCACAUCGAUGCGCACCUGGGAUCGCUCGCCCACGCGGUGCGGCCCGGCUGUGCCGCUACGGGCGUGCCGCAGGACGCGGAUACCGGCGUGUCCUUGCUGGCACAGCAAAGAGACAAUGUUAUGACCAACAUCGUGCAACACAAGGUGUAGGGACUGGAGGUGCGGGCAGGGGACGGGAGGUGGCUCGCCGUGCUGCCAGAUCCGACGACCUUCACCUUCGUGGGCAGCAAGAUGUUGACGGUGGUGACCAAUGGGAGGGUCACGCCGUGCAUCCACCAUGUCAGGACGCCAAGGAACCGCGAUUGCCUGUCGGUGCUGUUCAGGUGGUGGGGGAAGGACGGUGUCCUGCUGGGAGCCAUGGAAGAGCUGGUGGACGAAGACCACCCUGCGGCCUACCGUGCAUGUACGAGCAACAAAUGCAGAAGAUUCUGGCACUCCGACAGGUGCAGACUCGGUGAUCCACUGAAGGCUUUCUGCGGGCGCGGGGUGGACAAGGAUGAUGCGUUUCCCAUGCUAGAAUGA